AUGACGUUUGUGGGCAAGGUCUGCGCGGCCGCGAUCGCGACGCCGUACGACGGGUCCGCGCCCGACAAGGUGGCGGCCAAGACCAAGGUGCUCGAGGACCUCGUGAGCCUCCUCCAGGACGAGGCGAAGGCCGUCUCGCUCUUGACCGAGACGUCGAUGCCGCAUGUGAUGCACAUGCUGCAGCUCAACCUCUUUCGCGCGCUGCGCCCGCCGCGCGCCGACUUUGAUCCGGACCAAGACAUGCCCGAGAAGGAUAUUGCGUGGGUGCAUCUCCAGCCAGCGUACUCGAUUCUUACGUACGUCAUCCGCGCGCCGAUUGCGCCACGACUGGCGAAGCGGUACAUCACGCCGUUGUUUUGUUCACAGCUGCUCGGGCUUUUGCGCAGCGAGGACCCGGACGAGCGCCUCGUUGUUGCGACGCUCCUCCACAAGCUCUACGCCAAGUUCAAGAGCCUCCGCGCAUCGUUUCGGCAGACGGUCGGUCACAUUUUUCUGCAGUUUGUCGACGACCCACCGAGCUUUCCGUUUGGGAUUGGCGAGCUCCUCGAGGUGUUUGCUAGCAUCGUCAAGGGUUUUGCCACGCCGCUGCUGCCCGACCACGCGCUUUUUAUGACCAAGCACCUGCUCCCGCUCCUCAAGCCCACGAGCUUACCGACGUACCACCAAGCGCUGCUCCUCUGCCUCAGCAUGUAUUUGGAGAAGGACCCAACGACGGUCCACACGAUUCUAUCGCACACGCUCAAGUUUUGGCCAUGGCAAGCGACGUCCAAGCAGAUUUUCACGUGUGAGAAGCGCCAGAUCACGUCGGUCGUCGCCAAGUGCCUCCAGUGCGACCACUUUCAGGUCGCGGAGCGGUCGCUAUUUCUCUGGAACAACCCGUACUUGAUCAACCACUCGGUGCUCAACCAAGACCACGCGCGGGAACUCUUGCCGAUCUUGUUUCCCGCGCUCUUCAAGGCCUUCAAGCUCCAUUGGAACCUCACCGUGCGCGGCCUCGCCCGGAGUGUGCUCGAGAUGUACACCAAGUACGACUUUGCCACGUAUCGGCGGUGCCUGGAAAACUUCGAAGCGGACCAGCUCGCGCUUUUGGAGGCCGACGCGAAGAAGGAAGCCAAGUGGAGAGCCCUCUUUGAGCGCGUCGCGAUCGUAGGGUAG